AUGCUUUAACACACUGCUGCUGACGUUUGACAGUACAACUACACGAAACAUAAAACAAAAAAUUUUACGAGUAAGAGCAUAAAACAUAUAAUACUUGGAUCAAAAUUGUUUAAAUAAAGGAGCUGCCCAAAAGGAGCACAAAAAUGACACGUGGCAAUCAACGAGACUUGGCGCGCGCCAAAAACCAAAAGAAGUUGGCUGAACAAACCAAAGGCAAGCGCACAGAUAGCCUCACGGUAGAACAACGCAAAGCCCGGGACGCUGAACUAAUGCGAGAGAAGCAAAAGAAAAAAGAGGAGGACGCAGCGGCUGCUGCUGCUGCUGCUGCUUCUGGCAAGAGCAAAUAAAAACGUUAAUUCCAGUACCAGCUAGAACAGCGUGCAUCCGUGCAAUCUUUGUAGGUCACACAAAAUUUUCGUUAGGCAUAGUCAGUUUUAAAACAAAACAAAGCAAAGCAAAAGCAGCAGUCGCAAUCCGGAGGCACCGAUCGAGGCCAGCGAUCGACUCCAGGAUAGUCAAUGUCAAAUCAAAUUGGUUAAAUUGCGCAAAAAAGUGAAUUACAAGCUACAAAGCAGACGUAUAUCAAUAACUACGCAUCCCUAGAGAGGACACACACAAAGAAGGGCUCGUUUUCUUUAAUGUUACGCUAUACUGCUAAACAAUUAACUAUCUUAAUUAUUUCUCUAUAUACCUGACUAAAUUAUUUACUGUAAAAUAUAUACAUUUUCAAAUAAAACAUAAUAUACAGCCAAAAUAACCAAUCCAUUGCUAAAUAUUAUGUCUUAUUAUUUAUUUCGAAAAUAUAUAUAGUAUGCAUAGUAUAUUUGUUAGUCGAGUGAUAAAGACAGAUUGAAUUUCCAUACUAAUUUAAACAACCUGAUCCUAUAUGUACCUCCGUAUACCUUGUUAAGCGCGUACUUGUCUUGUUAAGCUUCACUUAAGACUGUCAACGAUAAGAGAGUACUUAAGUUUUUAUAUUAUGAAUCCACGUAAAGCUUAAAAAUAAUUAAUUAGGUAUAAUAUUGUAUGGAAUAAAUCGGUAAGAAUGUAA